ACCACGACGCGCGCGCCAGGCGCGCGUCUCGGGCGCCUACACUCAUUCGGAUACGGCCGCAGACCAAGAUCAUGGCCAACUACACCCCCAACGAGCAGGCAGUCGUCGCUGCAGCGGAGAAAAUCAUGCGGGAUACAAUGGCCCGCUACGAUCCCUCGCAUGACGCCUACCAUGUCGAGCGUGUUCGUCGCACGGCACUGCGCCUCGCCCAGGCUCUACCCACUCCGCCCGACUUCCUGACGGUUGAGCUGGCGGCCCUCCUUCACGACGUGCUGGACAAGAAGUACGUCUCUGCCGAGCAAGCCGCAGACCCCUACGCCUUUUUCCUUCCCUUUUUCCAGGAGAUGGCCGAAAAGCACAGCGUCGACCUCGUAACCGACGGCCGGGCGCGCACCGUCACCCGCAUCGUCGACAACGUCUCAUGGUCGACCGAGAAAAAGCUGCGCGCCGCCGGUCAAUGGACCGAAUGGCAUGACCAAUGCCUCGAGCUGCACUGCGUUCAGGACGCCGACCGACUUGACGCGAUCGGCGCGUUCGGCGUCCUGCGCUGCGCCGCAUUCAAUGCGAGCACCAAUCACCCCCUCUACACACCUGCAGACGACCCGAACCUCGAGAGCUCGGCAAUUCAGCACUUCCACGAUAAACUUGUCCAUAUCAAGGACCGCCUGAAGACCGCCCCUGGACAAGCUAUGGGCGAGAGGCGGCACCAGGUGCUUCUCGACUUCAUAGCAUCGAUAGACGAAGAAUAUGAAGGCAAGAUUCCAUGAACGAGGAUUGGGCAUUGGGGCGCGUUCUCUUCGCGCAUCAGUAGGAGCGCCUUAGACACUUUCUUCGCUCUGUGAGGUCGAUCUUUACGCAGCUCAGUAGGCUUCCUAUGUAUAUCUGUAUCGAUCGUGUUCACGGGCAAUCUUCCUGGUCCAAUUCGACUGCAGGGC